UAGAAGUUGUCAAACCAAUCAAAUUUGCUUUUAUGAAGAGGUAUUAGAGGAGGGGACGAGCCUCCAGUCUGCGCUUCUCCUCUAGACUUUGUAUCCAGCACAUUUCUCUGAGAAGACAUGUAGACUGUGAGAGUCUGUGCAGAGAGUCCUCAGCCCUGGGUGGAUCAUACUGGGAAAAGCGACUACGUGAGUGAACCAUGAAUAAUUCCGAAAAUUCUACAUACCGGUGUAAGUUUGAUGAGGAUUUUAAAUAUGUCCUUCUGCCCGUGUCUUAUGGGAUUGUGUUCUGUGUGGGCCUCAUCCUCAACGUUACAGCUCUCUACAUCUUUAUUUUCCGCAUCAGACCUUGGAAUGCCUCCACAACAUACAUGUUCAACUUGGCCAUCACGGACUUCUUGUAUGUCAUCUCUCUUCCGCUCCUGGUUUACUAUUAUUCUCAAGGAGACAACUGGCCAUUCGGAGUGGCUCUGUGCAAGAUUGUCAAAUUCUUAUUCUAUACCAAUCUGUACUGUAGCAUCUUCUUCCUCCUUUGUAUCAGUAUUCACCGAUUCCUCGGCAUCUGUUACCCAAUGAAGUCACUGGGUUGGCUCAAAGUUCGAAAUGCCCGGAUUGUGUGUGUCAUUGUCUGGGUUGUUGUAAUGGCCUUCCAGUCUCCUAUAUUGUACUUUGUGACCACCAGUGCCAAUGGAGAAAGCACAAUUUGCCACGACACAUCCAGCGUGGAUUUGUUUGAUACUUUUGUGGUAUACAGCUCGGUGAACUUGGCUUUGCUCUUCUGUGUCCCUUUCAUUGUCAUCAUCGUGUGCUACGUCAUGAUGGUCCGGACUCUUCUGAGGCCAUCAACAGCUUCUCCAGAGACCUCCAAUUCCAAGAGAAAGUCCAUAAAAAUGAUUAUUAUUGUGUCAUUUGUCUUUACCAUUUGCUUUUUACCCUUUCAUGUCAACCGGACCCUUUAUUAUUACUUUCGAAAACUAGACCUUGACUGUGAUACCCUAAAUGCUAUUAACUUAGCAUACAAAGUCAUGAGGCCACUGGCCAGCGCCAACAGCUGUUUUGACCCAAUCUUAUACUUUUUGGCCGGUCAAACUGUACGAAGGACGAUCAUUUCAAGAAAUGGAAUCACAAAAAUCAAAAACAAAUUUACAAGUUAUGUUCAAGAAAACAACUGGAGUUCUGUUAUGAAUGGAAUUGUUAGCGAAAAUGUCUCAUCCCCCAGUCCUUCUCCUUCAGUAACCAAGAUGUGAAUGAGUCCAUAGACUAACUGAUGAAGACCUUCAAAGGGGCUAUCCUUGGCUUAGUUCAAGUUCAGAUCAUGUGAUAUUCCUGUCCGAUGAGACCAUAUUAGAUGUCAAUGUUUAGAAAUAGCUUUGCCUCAGUGAUUUGGAAUAAUGGAUUUAUUUGUAGAAACUGAAAGUGAUUGGACAUGACGGACAUUCAUCCACCAUGAGGGAACUUGUUGAGUUUGUCUGGUUGAAAUGAAAGGAAAGUGGUUGAACUUGAUGGACCCGAGGUGUCUAACUGAACUGAAUGUUUUGUAUUGAGGAACGCAAAAUAUCUUUCCUUCAGAAUAGUAAAGACAGACUUUUUUGGUACCACCUAUAGGUAGCUACCCUGGAAGUCAACGUUUGAGCCUUUAAGGAGCUUUGAAACAUGACUUGGGUUAACUACCAAAGAUCCCUAUCUGUAGACAACAUUGUUUUGGAGUUGUCACCCCUGGUCAGCAUAGAGUAGGGUUCUGGUUUACUGUUUAAGAUACUUUAUAUACUACUGCCGCACAUGCAGUACCCUCUGUGAGAUAGCCUUCAGGGACUAUUGGUGACCGAGGUUGUCGCACUAUGAGUGACUAGGGUUGUCAGACUUGAGUCUCCGACAAGUUGAAGGGGUUAACUGGUUGAGCUAGAUGAGGAUAAAGGUAUCUGAAUGCCUCCAGACUCUUAGCUAACAUACCCUUCCGGACUCCCUUAUAACUCAGUCAAACUAAUUCUUAGUUAUACAAUUUUUAAAAAUGUAUUACUUUCCAAUGCCACCCAGCACUUUACAAAGCAUAACUUUUUGUAAAAUAAAAUCCUUAAAAAAUAAUAUAAAUCAGACCCCAAGCAGAGCACAAACUCUACCUAAAAAAAAAGUUCAGAAUGACAUAGUUCAUGUAGGCCUUUUAUGUCAAUGUUUCGAUGCACAUAUCUUUACCUAAUCACCAGAGCUGAAUAGAAGAAAAAAAAACUCAAAAAUCCAGAUACCAGAAAUCAUUACAUUUAUGACGGAAGUCAGUAACGGGCUGUAACUGGUAAAAGGGCUGAUAACAUGAAGAAAAGUUCCCGUACCCCCCCCCCCCCCCCCCACAAUAGUCACCAAAGGCAGUAUAGGGGGACGUGUAACAGUGAAGGGUUCUGAUUUUUAAAAAGGGUGAUAAAGUUCCUUUUUCCCCCUACAAUCACCAAAGGCAGUAUGGGGGGAAAUAACAUGAAGAAAAGUUCAUUUUUCCCCCUACAAUCACCAAAGGCAGUACAAGGGGGGGGGGGGGGGGG